CGUACACGUUCGACACACGUAUUGCGUAAAAAAUUGCGAGCUAUUCGGCGUGUAAAGUACCUCGCUUAUCGAAAGGAAAAGUAGAUUGGAGGAAGAGAACGAGAGAGAGAGAGAGAGAGAGAGACUCGAUAAAAAAUUUUGAGAAACAGUCUCGGUAUUCCCGCGUCCAUGCGCGCAUCCGACGAUCAAUAUAUCGCGUUGGCAGAUACAAGCGCGCGCACACACAGUCCUAGUUCGAUAGCGACAACGCAUUCGUUUCCAUUCUGCCACCGGUCCUGAAUUUUUGCCGCCCGCUUCGAGAGGAACACACGAUCGCUUUUAUCUUGCACUCAAACGCGAAGAUCCAUCGAGUCAUCAUGUCGAGCAGCAAGUGCAUCAAGCAACCGCGGAAAACGUACGCUAAUAAGGAGCAGCACGAGAUGACGCACUCCGAGAAGCUGAGACUGAUCGACGAUGAGCUUAAUUCCUUUUACAAAUAUUGCCAGCAGGCAGGCUUCACCGAGGAGGAAAUGGACAUUAUUUGCCAGCCGCUCGUAGCGGCGAUGCGUCGCUCGUGGUUGCAACUCGUCUUCCGUGGCACCCUGGUACUGAUAGUGCUCGGUACUCUGGCGUGCCUCGCGGCGCAGCUUGACUUCGUCGGCACGCAUUUCACCGCCCUCAGUCGUCUGCUGCUGAUCAAGGUGUUGCCAAUCUGGAACUGGCAGCCGCUCUAUUAUGAGAAUUGCAUGAUCAACAAUCCCUUCUACAAUGAUUACACUAUCACGGAGGAGGACUGCGUGACUUGCGAGGCGCUGGAGACGAUUGAUCGUCUGUCGGAUGUGCGGUAUCGUAAUCUGGUCGAUAAUUAUCUGAGCCGCGAUGCACCGGCUAUCAUCACCGACGCGAUGGACUCAUGGGCGGUGAUGAAUACCGAUUACUUUUGGUUCGACAAUAUUACCCACCUCUACUUGGAGAACGAACGGCUGAUGGAGACGGUACCCUGCGCUCUGACCUCCAAUCUGCGUACUGGCUCGUCCGAUCUCGCGGCCUUUCUACGACGCGUACACGCGCCCGAGGUAGCCAAAUGGUUCGUCCACUGGCAGAACUGCGACAUCAACGCUGUAAAGGUGCUCAGAAAAUACUACCAGCGGCCGUACUUCCUUUCCAGUACGGUCUCGCCAGCGCAUUUCAACUGGGUACUCAUGUCCUCGGAUUACAACAGCCCGAGCUACAAGAAGGUCGAACUCGACUCAGGUCUGAUCGCGCUCGCACAGCUUCGCGGCGCGACUCAGUUGCGGCUCACUCCCAUUAAUCCCUGCAACAGCUCGUGCCCGGAGCUAAUCGCCGACUUGCAUCAGGGCGAGAUGCGUAAGUGCUGCGCGACUCAAAUCGGACUAAAGUACGGAACACCUUUAAUAUGGUAACUGACCAGCGUUCUGAAAGAAGCACACACUCUCAAGUUUUUAUAUACUUGUUUUCACGAACUUGAUGUGGACGCUCGAGUACGCGCCGAUGCGCGGCCUGGAUAACAUUGCCAUAUUGACGGAAACCGUCUGGGAGGAAGACACGUAGAUUACAUCGCCGAAUAUGGUCUCAUCGUUACACGAAAAAGAAAUGUUCUUAGUCCCUCAAUACUCUUCGACGCGAUCGAUAUUGUAUACUCGUCCCUCAUUAUGAUGACGCGCUAAAUAAAGAUUGAGCACAUCCCGGUUUC